CAAUAACCGUCGCCGGCGAAGAAGGCGAAAUUUCCCCAAUCCCAUUUCCCAUUUCGCCAUUUCCCAUUUGAAACUCCUGACGCAACCGCAAGCCGCCCUAAACCACAACCACCGCCGCCGGAUCCUCAACUUCUCCACCACCCCACGCUCCACGGCCUCCACUCCAGAUGGCCACGCCGCCAGCGCAGCCCAUGGACCCUAGCGCCGCCGUCACCACCACCACCACCAUUGACUCCCUCAAGGACGACAACAUCGAGGAGAUCCUGCUCCGCCUCCACUCAUCGGCGUCCCUGGCGCGCGCCGCGCUCUCCUCCAGCCGCUGGCGCCGCGUCGCCUCAAGCCCGGACCUCCUCCGCCGCUUCCGCGAGCGCCAACCCUCGCCGCCCCUCCUCGGCCUCUUCGUCUCGCAGGCGGAUCGCGGCCAGCUCCCCGUCUUCCACCUGUCGGCCUCCGUCCGCGCCGACCGCGACCUCGCUGCCGCGGCGCGCGGGGGCGACUUCCUGCUCACCAGCCUCGGGCACGACCCGGCGUGGCGCCUCCGGGACUGCCGCAACGGCCGCCUCCUCCUCUGCACAGGCGACUCCCUCUUCGUGUACGACCCCGUCUCCCGCCAGCAUGUCGCCGUGCGCCGUCCACCCAACGACAUCCCCCCUGCUGCUGCUGUAUCCGCAACGGAAUACCUGGCGGACUGCUUGCUCGGCGGCCAUGGGGAACCCAUCCGCCUGGUCAGCGUGCAGCGGGACGGCCCAAGGUUGCGAGCCAUGGAGUGCCGCUCCGGCACGGGCUGGCGCUGCCACCCGUGGGUGGACGGCAUCGAUGUGGCCACACUGCGUACGCCGGCAAUGCCUGCUGCCGCGGCCGGGCUUAUAUUCUGGAGGCGUGACCAAAACUCCUCGCUCCUUCUUGACACCAGCACCAUGGCAUUCUCCACGGUCCCUCUCCCAGCUCCACUGGUAGUCGUCUCAAAGAAUCCGCUAAGGCCGCGGCCAAUGUACACCAUAGGAGAUACCGAGGCCGGCGCGUGUUGCCUUGUGGCCAUUGUCGGCAGAGCCACGCUGCAGGUGUGGCUACUCAAGAAGAAUCACACUGGCAGUGGCGGCAGUGGGUGGGAGUUGCAGAAGCAAGCUCGGAAAAGCCAGUUCCAGACAUUCCCUAGUAUGAGUAUGGUGUCUGCUGGACUAGCUCUUAUUUACUCUAAGGGUACCAAGUAUUCCCACUUUCUCAUUGAUCUCAACAACCUGAGCAUCAAGGAUAAGUUUCUUUGCCAUCGUUCCGUGGCUUACCCUUUCCAAAUGGCAUGGCCACCUGCUGGGUUUGUGCCUACUUCCACGCCUCAAACAUCUGCUUGCCGAGAUGCUGAAAAGCAACAGGAACAGGAAGCACCUUCUUCUAGUAGUAAGCGUAAGAGCAAGGAUGAUGAAACGUCAAGUGGUAAAGAAACAAUGGGGCCUAGCAUCCCCAUAGCUUCUUUAGAGAACGAACCAUCAGAGAAGAAAGUUUGCUAUGAGAAUGGACCAACAUCUUAAAUAAAGGGGAUCGACACUUGCACGCUUCAACGCCUUUACUGGGUGAUGUAGCGAUUGAGUUGGAGCUCCAAGUCUGCCGACCCCUCGUGUUGAUCAAGACAAUAAAGAUCAGUUGUUAUUUUCCGAUCUCCUGUUCUGUUUGGUGUUCUGAUUUUAGACUUGUGACGCAAUGGCCUGUAAGGUGGCUUGUAGUACUCCCUCAGGCCCAAAUAAAGUGGCUCAGCCGUAUAGUAUGUCUAGUACAAGUGUACUCUUGAGCUGCGAGAAUAGUGGUUUGUUUUCGGAGUUGUAAGAACGUUAUAACCUGUUCUUUGUGCUGUUUAUUUUGUACUAGUAAUUCAAUGUUGUCCUAGCAGUGAAGGUGUUUCCUGCAAAAGAGACUUUCAAAGGUAAUCUAGAAAUUGGUGGUUGCCUGAGAAUAAUUGUCUUAGACCUGAAACAUAUUUGCUCUGAACAUUCAUGCGAUCUAUAAUGUGAUUUGCAUAUCUUAUAUUUUCAA